AUGGCGUGGUCGGAUCCCCGACCGAGGACAAACUCAAGACCGGGACCCCAACCGAUCAGGGAGCGCUCCGGCUCUCCCCAGGGCUCGCACAGAACGUUUCCACCACGACCCCCACGGGUCCCGCGCCCGACCUUCGCCUUACUCCUCCCCCGUCUCCUCCCCCUCCUCUUGCUCCUCCUCCUGGGCUCCCCCCACCCGGGGCUCGCCGGGCCGCCCCCCCGCCCCGCCCGCCCCCCGCUCCUCUCCGGCCAGCCCUUCAUCAUCUUCUGGGGCGUCCCGGACGCCGCCUGCCCCGGGAGGCCGGAGCUGGCCCCGCUGGGCGUGGAGCCGGAGGGCCGCGUGGCCGUGUUCUACGAGGAGUCGCUGGGCAGCUACCCCUACUUCCUGGACCGCGACACGCCCGUCAACGGGGGGCUGCCGCAGCACACGCGGCUGAACGGCCACCUCCAGAAGGCCGGGGAGGACCUGGCGGCGGCCCUGCCCGCCCCGCGCUACCUGGGGCUGGGGGUGCUGCGCUGGGCCGAGUGGACCCCCCAGUGGGGCCGCAACCGGGAGAAGCAGGUGCUGUAUCUGGAGGCCUCCAGGGCCCUGCUCAAGAGCUUCUUCCCAGACUGGACCCCCGUGGAGGUGGAGAAGUGGGCGCAGGUGGACUUUGAGGCGGCGGGCCAGUCCAUACUCACAGAGACUCUCCGCGAGGUACGGCGGCUGCGCCCUAAAGCAUUAUGGGGGGUUUCUCCGUACCCCACCUGUUACACUCUGGAGCCCAGCCAGACGCUAACACCAGCUAACAGCACCGGAGGAUGCCCCGCCCAAGAGAUGGAGCUCAACAACCAGCUGCAGUGGCUAUGGAAACGAAGCUCCGCCCUCUACCCCUUCCUCUCCCUGGAGAAAUUACAGGGUGGAACGUCUGGUGCCAGGCUUCUCCUGUCCAAUCAGAUCAGAGAGGCGCUAAGAGUGGCCUCCAUGUCCGGGACCACCUACGAUCUCCCCGUGUUCCCAUUGGUCAAGAGCACAUACACCUCCACCAAUACUUUCCUGUCACAGGCUGACCUGCUCUACACCAUAGGAGAGAGUGCUGCGCUCGGGGCCGCUGGAGUAGUCAUCUGGGAGAGGGAGGAUGCUAAAACAGAGAGGGAGUGCGGAGACCUGGCCGAGUUUACUCGUCAGGUGCUGGGGCCUUACUCCGUCAACGUUACCACGGCGACAAGGCUGUGUUCGAGCGCUCUGUGUCAGGGGCGGGGCCGCUGCAUUCGCCAGAACCCAGACAGCUCGGCUUACCUCCACAUGCCCACUACCGCCGAGAAGCCGGAUGUAGCCCCAGCCACGGAGGAACCAGACACCACCACAGUCCCGCCGGAUGAACCCGACCCGGCGGUGAUGUGGAAGAAAGACUUCCUGUGUCAGUGGUUUGAGACUUCAGAGGAGGCCAUCUCCGACCAGGAGUCCCCCAAGGACGGGGCCUCCAUUGUGGGCCAGGGAGUACAAAAGACUGGGGAUGUAGAGGGCCCUGUGGGAACCUCGACAGUAAAGGACUCCUCUCUGGGGGAUACAGGGGACAGCGGCACGUCUGGGGCUGGUAGUGCGAAGCCUUCAUCUGAAGUGGCAACGGACCACGGGACAAAACCAGGCUACCAGAUCACAGCCCUCUUACUGGUGCUGGUGGCAGAAGAACUGCUCCUUGUCCAUUAG